AUGGCGAGAAUCCACGGAUUUGAAGUCGAAGAAUUAUCAAAAUUUCACCCAAUGAGGCAAAAUCCGGGUGGGGUUUUAACUUUUAAGAGGGGUGGGUGGGUGGUUCUGCCUGCCUGCAUGGACGACAUUCUGCAAAAGUGGAUUCAGAGAAUGCAGGUUUAUACUCGUGAUGAAGUUUACAAUCCAAAAUUCAGGAAAGUGUUUGAAGAGCAUUUGGUGGCUGUUGCCAGCAAGUUUGUCAGGCCUCUUCCUUCAUCCACCCUCCAAUUGAAAGAGCUUCUUGUGCAAGUUGAGGAGACGGUGAGAUAUGUAUGGCAAGGUGCACCAGAGUCUACAAAGGUGAUUCUUGCUCCAAUAAAGGAACUGCUGCUGGUGGAUGAAUUGUUCCAGCAUACAGAUGCUCAGAUCAAAAUGAUACACGCAUCUAUUAUGAACGAGGUCUCCAAAAUAACUCUUCCUGACGCCCCAUUCUCUGAAGAUAUAAUGAAAAAAAUCUUCCAGUUAUUCAUGGUGGCAUUGAAGGACCUUGCUUCCGGUGUAACUAAAACCACCGGACAUCUUCUGAACAACAGUUCAAGAGCUCGGAGGAUUCUUGAUGUCAUGGCAAGUUGUAAAACAUGCCUGAUAUUGCUGGACAUAGAAUGUGAUCAAAUGGUCGUGGAUAUGUUCCAGCUUUUUUUCGAUAUUGUUAGGCCUGAUCAUCCUUCCGAUGUAUUUGAAAACAUGGCAACGGUCAUGUCUGUGAUGAUCGAUGAGGCUGACCAUAUCCUGGCAGAUCUUGUAAAGAUCCUGCUAUCAAGUAUCAAACUAGAUAAUAAGUACGCUUCACCCAGGGCUUGGGAGCUAGGGAAAACUGUGGUAGAAAAGUGUGCCGCCAAAGUCCAGCCUCAUGUCAGAGAGGCUGUGAAAAUGCUUAACUUGGAGGUCAAAGCUUAUGCAGACAUAGUUUCUUCCCUCUGCCAAUAUAUUUCCGAUGGUGAAAAACCGGAUUCAGAAAAAACUGUGGCAACCGUUCACCCCAUUACAGUUGGCGCCUGUAGCAAAGAGGCAUUGAGAGUGGAAGGAGAAAAUGCAGAGGCUUGCCCAAAACAACAAAGUAGCCUGCAGGAGGAAGUUGAGGGAGUAACUACCAGAAGCAAAAGAGGUAGAAAACCCAACUCCUUGUUAAGGCCAGAAGAGGGAUAUGUGCACAUUUGCCAAAUAGGAAGGCCGGCUUCGUGUAAAUUUUCUGUGGAUGCUGAAAUGGGGAAGGAUUUGGCUUCUCCGUCAAGGUCUGGAAAAGCUGAUGUGGCUUGUAGCUCUUCUGGCAAACUUGAUUCUGUUCAUGAAUUUCCCUCGAAGCGAAGAAAGAGAAAACCUGUGCCAUCCAACACAAGAGAGAGGAAUUCAGGUAAUGCUGACAUUAGUGGCAAUGAGCCUGAGGGGGAAGAUGAACAAUUGCUGCACCUGAGUUGUGGCGGGGAUGAUGCUGUAAAUAAGAAUGAACAACCUUCUCGUUCCGAGCCUGCAAGAGAUGAUCAUCCUCGGAGUUUGAAUCCUGAAAACGGAAAAAAUUCUGAAGGGCUGCGUGUGGAGGAUUAUGGGGAGGAAUUGGUUAAUGCAAGAAUAAUGGUUUGGUGGCCGUUGGACAGAACGUUUUACACCGGCAGUGUCGUGUCGUACGAUCCUGAACAGAAAAAGCACAUGGUUCUCUACGAUGAUGACGAUGAGGAGACGCUGGACCUAAAGAAUGAAAGAUGGGAAUUCUUUAAAGAAAGACAUUAAGCAUUUUCUUGGCAUCCUAAAGCUUUCUGGGAACUGCGACCAUUUUAGACGCAACAGGCUCCAGCCAACGACGCCCAUGCCCCAUCCUCUUGGGAACAGCCUACUAAGAUGCAGAAAACAGCAAGCAGGCAGAGAGGAUGGCUGGCUGUUGGGAAGACCUUAAUCACCCAUAAGGCUGGGUUGGGUUCGAUCAUGUCAGCAGAGUUCGAAUGCUGUCUUUUACUGCUGUGUGAUGAAUAACUUCUUCUUGACUGACUGCACGGGAUGGGAAGCAGUGAAAUAAACGAAACUACAGUAACUCCGGCGAUGAGAUGAAUAGUACUUAUCUUAACACUAUACUUUGCCAAACAAGAAAUCGGCACCCCAUGCGUCCAUUCUAGUGGUUGGGGAGGUUCAUUUUAAUUCCUCACGCAACUGUGCAUAAUU